CUCUGCAUAAUACCAAGCUCUUUGCGGGCUAAAUUCCCUACACGUGAUGAUACAAGCCGCCUGAGGGGUACCCCAAGCCUCGCUAAACAUGGUGCCAUGCACAGCGGGCAAUACCACCAGCUGACUAGAAGUUGAAAAAAAGCGGAUCACCAACACUGAAUAUCAAAAGGAUUUACUCUGAGGCCGGACUUCCACAAUUUGAUCCCUCAAGCCUUAGAUAUGUGCGCAAUCGCGUGCCAGCUGGUUAUGGAACACUUUGACUGGUGUGAAAGAGCGUAGUCUUGGAUUCAUUGGAUUGCCCGCGGAACAGUCAGCUACUGUAUUGCGAUCCUUCAUGACAAUCGCAUCUCUUUCUGACCUCCCGAUACUCAAAUACCUCCUCGCCCUCGACGAAAGUUUCCUCGCGGAAGUGGGUUCGCAUCAUUGUUUCUCAAGACAUGUCCUACAAUCUAGACGUCGAGACUCUGCGUGAUUCAGAGUAUGGUCAUUUGAAUGGCAAAACUUAUCUGGACCAUGGCGGAACAACGCUAUACGCUAAAUCUCUGGUACAAGAGUUUGCGCAGGAUCUUCUCAGUAAUCUCUACGGCAACCCACAUUCUGCAUCGACGCCUUCAUCUAUAGCAGGCCACAGAGUUGACGCCGUUCGAAUAAAGGCCCUCCGAUUUUUUGGCGCUGAUCCAGAACAUUAUGAUCUUAUUUUCGUCUCGAAUGCGACCGCUGCGAUCAAGCUUGUCAUGGAAUGCGUAAAAGACUAUGUCGCUCAUGAGAACAAAAAUGGGAAAAAUGGGUUUUGGUAUGGGUAUCACAAGGACGCGCACAACAGCGUGGUGGGAGUGAGGGAACACGCGACAACAUCAAGAUGUUUCAUCAAUGAUGAUGAAGUGGAAGAUUGGAUAAGACUGGGUACAACAGUUCACUCACGCGAUGAAGUGGGACUGUUUGCCUAUCCAGGACAAUCAAACAUGACUGGUCGCCGACUUUCUCCUUCUUGGUCUGCACGAAUCAGGGAAUCUAGUCAUGGAAGGACAUUCACUUUGCUCGAUGCCGCUGCCCUUGCAACAACCUCUCCUCUCGACUUAAGUGAUCCUGCCGCUAGCCCAGACUUUGUCAGCGUCUCCUUCUACAAGAUUUUCGGGUUCCCUGAUGUUGGCGCUUUGAUCAUACGUAAAGCAGCUGGUCACCUCUUACAACGUCGCCGCUACUUUGGCGGAGGCACGAUUGACAUGGUCAUUGCAAUUGGGGGUACCAGCCAUGUCAAACGUGAUUCCUCACUGCACGACCAACUUGAAGACGGCACGCUUCCUUUCCUCUCCAUCUUCGCUCUCGAUAUUGCCAUUGAUGUUCAUGCUCGCCUUUUCACGUCCAUGGCACGUAUUUCAAGUCACACGGCAUUCCUGGCUUCAUAUCUAUACGACAAUCUUCAGCAUCUCCAUCACGAAAACGGCUCAUCACUUCUCCGGAUCUACACAGACGAUGCUUCAAGCUAUGGCAAGCCUACUCUGCAGGGUGCUACUAUCGCUUUCAAUGUGUACACUUCUGAAGGCAAGCUCAUACCUUGCCAGUUUAUUGAAAAGCUCGCAGACAACGAGGGUAUCUAUAUCCGCAGUGGAUCGCUGUGUAACCCGGUGGCAUCGCGACAUAUCUCGGCUACACACCACAGGACCUGAAGCGAGCGUUUGCUCUCGGCAACCGUUGCAGCAAGCCUCUCUCGGACGUUGAUGGGAAUCCGACCGGAGUGGUAAGGGUGAGCCUGGGUGCGAUGAGCACACGACAAGAUGUUGAUAUAUUGGUCUCGUUUUUGGUUGCCAAGGUAUCGUCGAUCAAGGGUCGAGACCUGGUUCGGAGU